AGUGAUGGUGGGAGGAGUUAGUCGUGUUCGCUGAUGUCGGCCUCGCGCCAGCCUCUCCCGCCUUGGCCGCACCUGGCGGGGUCGUCGCCGCCCUCUUGCUGCAUCUCCUGGGGCUCGCCGCCAUGCAUCCACUAGGCCUGUGUGAGAGCCAGCGAGCGGACGGGAUGGACUAUGAUUUUGGCUGGGUCGGGUUCCUUAAACCGGAGCCAGUGCCAAGCCUGCCUAAGAAGUGCCACUCUGUCUACGAGAUGGCCCGGUAUGCCAUUGAACGAGGUGCCACAGCGCUACUGGUGGACAUCGAUGACCUGGUGUCCGCACAGGAGGAACUGUUCGAUGUGGACGCCGCCAGAGACACCCUCAAGCGUCCUCUGGUGGUUCUACUGCCCACUCAGGCUCGCAAACUCUACAGCUUUAUUAUGGAGCCCCUCUCUGCACACGCCCGUAUAGAGAUCCCGCCAGCGAGGGACCACUUCGACCUGGGCAUCUUCCUCACCUGUUUCCUCCUCAUCUGUCUCGUCUGUUUGGUCAUUGUCGUCAAGAUGAGGUGGAGACGGAACAACAAACAGAAUACACUGGCCCAGCAAGCCAAGCGGGCGCUCUCGCGGAUGGAAUGUCGGCGAUACAAGGAGAAGAAGAGAGAUGAGAAACAGAAGAUACGAGUGAAGCUUAAGAAGAAGAAGAAGAAAAUUAAGCUUACUACGGGUGAAGGAGGUGAAGGUGUAGCUGGUAAAGGAGGAGGAGAAGAAGAGGAGGAGGAGGAGGAAGAGGAAGAAGACGAAGAGGGGAGUCACGAGAUUUCGGUGUUGUCAGAGGGCCCAGAGGUGUGUGUGGUGUGCCUGGAGGAGUACCGUCCCCACCAGGAGCUGCGGGUGCUGCCCUGCAAACACGAAUUCCACCGCGCCUGUGUUGACCCCUGGCUCCUCCAACACCGCACUUGUCCUCUCUGUAACUACAAUAUUAUAGAGGGCUGCUACGAGAGCCCGCCCACCACCUGCACCUCAGGGCCCUCCUCGCUCACCCCUGUCGCCCAUCUCUACAGCACGCCCUCCCACGCCCAGUACGUGGCGCUCUCCAGCCCCGCCCACGCGUGCGGCCACCCGGGGUGCACUGUGCACGCUGGCCUGGGCGGCACCAUCCAGGGCUACUCUGGCCUGGGCUACAGCCCCCUCCCUCCGGGCUAUAUUAGUCCCCCGCCAGGCUACACUAGUCCCAAUAUCGGGUAUGGCAGCCCAGACCCUGGGUAUACGGGUAUGGUGAGCGGGUACACCAGUCCCACUGUUGGGUACGUCAGUCCCGCAGGCGGCUAUAACACUCCCACCAGCCCUGGUGGCGGGUACUCAGUGUCACGGGGCGGGUACGCCAGCCCCCACAGUGGGUACCUCGGUACCGUAAGCGGGUAUGGUGGUUCUGUGAGCGGGUACGGUGGUCCAGUCCCAAGUGGGUAUGGCGCUGGACCGAUGUGCGGGUAUGGUUCAGGUGGUGCGGGUAACAGCUGUGUGCUGGGGUGUGCGGGCGUGUGUCACCACGAGUCCUCGCUUCUUCACGACGCAUGUCUCAUGUACCCCCCGGUACCCACACACAACCCACGGUGCGCCCACUCCCACACGCAGCCUCCUCACGCCCACACGCAGCCUCCUCACGCCCACGUACAGCCUCCGGGCUCCAGCAGCGAGGAAGCAGAACACCAGAUUGUGAGUGUUGAAGUUCAGCAUCACCACGGUGCGUCUGCCAGUAGCGGUAGUAGUGGUCGUGCCACCUGUGGGUCCUCAAGCACUAGCGCCGGCACCACCACCUGCCCACGACCCGUCACAUUCCAGGCUGGUGUGGGGGGUCGUGGACCCCUCCCAGCAGCCCCAAUGAGUCAGGAACAGCUGGAACCAUUUCUGGCAGCCCUGGCGGCUCUUCAAGAGGAACAGCGGUGUGGUAAUAGUGAGGUGAGCGACUCGUCCUCUCUGGAUAAUUUGUCGUGUGAGGUCCAGCCACCCACCACACCACGUGACUCCCUCGAAUCCCUGCAGGAGCGCAUACCUCGACUUCGUCAGCCACGACCCCGCCACGGCCAUGCCUCUGACGGGUCUCACGGGGCAGAGGAAGGAAGGCCUCACGUUAGCAAGAAAGGGUUGCGUCGAGCCACCUGGUGCAGUACGGGCAUUAUCCCAGUGCACUCGUCAGACCCUCCCGGACCCCUUAGGGAGCCUGAGGUUGCUCAACAGCCUGAGGCAUCUGCACAGGUUGCAGUAGGCUCACAUCUUGUCACCUUCCAGGUGGCUAGUGGGACUUCUAAAAGUACUGCAGACAGUGGAGGUGAGGCACAUAAAACUGGUAGAAAGUCCCAGUUCCUACCUACCUCCCACACAGCAACUCUACACCUCAAACAAAACCUCCAAGAUCCUCCUCCAAGAAUCUCAACACAUUCAGAAGGUAGUUCAGGGCCACGACUAGGAGUAACGUGACGUACGGACUAUCGCUGUCUCCUGCUUUCCUUCACCGGAAGUCCCCACGCAAGUGCAUUGUGAUAUGUGCUGCUUGUUGAACAUUAUCUAAUAUGACAUUAUAAAAUGUUAUUAAACAGACUAGCACAGAAGCAGUAAAAGACUGUACAGAACAGUACUCUAAUACUAAAAAUAACAUUGGACCACUAGUCAGUUUUUCUAUAAUACAAUACAGUACCAGUUUAUGAGAUUGGUGAUGUAGGAUCCCAAUUAACCAUAAUCUUUUACCAAGGGUGUGUUAUAUUCAUACAUUUGGUUAUUCCAUUGUUCAACUGUGAACACUAGAAAAAAUAUAAAUGCCUACAUGUGCCCAGAAGCCAGGAAUUUAGUUAUGGCCUGCACCUACCCACCACCACCACAAGAAAAUAGUGGUGUCCAGUUUCCCAGCUGAUUGAAAACACUGCUGGGAGAAGUUAUUGAAAUAAAACAAGUGUAUUUUAUAUGACUGAGGUAACACUGAGAACAAACAGUGAUAUGUACACCCUAAAUCAACACAAGUGUAAAGUAACCAGAUAAUGUACAAACAAACACAUGGGUAUUGUUCUAGCACUCUUACUGUCUUUAUUCCUCAGAGUUCACUGGACUUGAAAUGUUGCCAGUGAAUGCUCAAAAGUACAGUACUGUGUGGAAUCUUAUUUCAACUGGCAUUCAAAAGAGAACUUUGAAACAAAAAAUAUGACAAAGAAAAGAGGACCAUUCUUCCCAUGGUUGAUUUGUCAAACCUCAAGAUACCUUAUCAGUUCAGUGUUACAGAGUACAUACAGUAGUGGAGUGAGGUGUAAACAAGAUAUAUUAAUGUUUACCCGUGAAUAAGGGACAUUUGUAAUCUUUGUGUUUCUGACAAUCAUUUUUGUAUAUGUAUUGUCAAAGAAAUUUUUUCUUAAAAACAACAUACCUUACUCAAUACAAGUGUUUAGAGUAUGAUUCUGAGUGUUUUUGUCAAACUUUUAGGGAGGACUCUUUCCCAGGAUGUAAAACAAUAUACCAAUGGGAUUAUUUAUAUCUCGAGGGUUAGUUGAUUUCCCUGUAAUUUCGGCGCUGGCAUAUCGGGUUAAGGUGUUUAAAAUAUUAACAUACCGAAACCUUAAUGCCAGUUGUGACACGUUCAAUUUUCUCAGCCAUGGGUGUGGGAAAUUGAGCCUUCCAGAAAGUGCUCAUAUGGCUCAUGAGGGCUGAUCUGGGCAUCUGGGCACUUGUUUUGAGACCCUGCCCAGAAAUGUGCAAGGUUUCAAGAAUUCCAGUGCAAAGUGCACUGUUGUACAAGCCAUGCAAACUGUAUCGUAAGCCUAGUACAAGACAGAUUCACUAGAACCAAAGAGACAAUAGUCACCUCAUUAAACAUUUUCUAGUCCUUUUAUGUGUUUUUUGAAACUCAGAUACAUUUCAUGUGGAUCAGGGCUCAUGUUGACUAGAUGUAUAUAGAGUCAGAAAAUGGAGACAGAAUUAUGCAAUUGGUGAUUUCUACAAAUUCCAUUACCAUGAAGAUAAGAUACAGCAGUUUUCCUUUACUUCACCAGGAACUACUUCCCUGUUAUGUACAUAAUAAAGAAUCUCACCACAGGUUCACUUUACUAACCAAACAUGUUGAUUCUUUAUUAUAUACACGACUAAGUGUCUUAUUAAACAUAGCUAAUAAACAAUAAAAUCAAUACAAAGUAACGCCAAGUAAAUGUAUAUAUAUAUACAGUUUUGUUAGAUCUUCACAGAUAUAUAAAUAAUUUAAUGAAAAAUGGCAAGGAAUACCUUUCUUAAUAAGAAAUCAGUUAUUCUCUUUUGAUCUUCAAGGUUAAGAAUAUCAGUCCAGGCAAAACUGAUGAUGGCAGGUCGAGAUAAAUAGUAAGAUUGAAACGACCAGAUUAGUGGAAUUGUAUAACAACUCCUGUGGUGUUUACAAUACAGUAAAGUAUAUGAAAGACAGGCGAGUAUUUUCACCCUCGGGCUCUGAGGAGAUGACCUUUACAGUAUUCACAGUAUCUCUGAUAUUAUGUUUCAAAAUUCACCCAUAUCAGUAUAAUGUUUAUUAACUAGCCACAAUAUAUUCCAUGGAAACUUGAUUCUGAGAUUGGUCAAAUAAUUAAAGUAUAAAUUUAACUUCGUGUGUUGAAAACAUAUGUAAUUAUGGCUGGGUAAUAACCAUUUUUCUGCACCACUCUUGUUUUAUCAACAAACUAUUGCAUCUUUGAUCCACAACCUAACCUAAGUGCCUUUACAUGCAGUUCAAGCAUUUAUAACAUUAAGUGUUCUAAGAUUUAAGAUAAACUACGGUAGGUCAUAAGUACAGUACUGAUAUGUAUAAAGUUUGAGGAAGUGAAUGUUAUGGAUUGACCUCAACGUGCCAUACACUACUGAAACUGGUUAUUCGUGGCUCUAUCUGUGGAAAAUACCAAUACGUACAUACUGUAUAAUCAAAUCUACUGCCAAAUAUUAAUGAGAGCUUAGUUAUGUACCACAAAUGAUGUAGAUAGAUAAUUAAUAAAAGUAAGUUUUCCAUUGUAAUACUGCUGAGUCAGACAUAGUGUGGUUUCUGGAUACUGUAUAAAGUUUUAUAAGAUGAACCACAAGUCAGCAAGUGUACAGUUCUUCCCGCCUUGUCUGUAUAAAAGAUGACGAAUAUAAAGUGUCUUUGACUUGAAUGAGAGGUAAUGAGAUGAGCAAUUUGCCUCCUGGUGUAACUGUGUGUUAAGGUUCAUUUCUCUUCUAGUGGAAGGGAAAAUGAGCCGAACGGAUGUACUAUUCCAGGCUCAAAUUGCUGCUCUCGUCGCAAGUGUUGUUAGUAUUUCCGAAGAGGUGCUAUAUGAUCUAUAUUUUUUAUUGUUCUUGUUGCAUGAACUAGUGUAAAUUUAAUAUAUUUUGUACUGGUUGUACAUUUCUCAUAUAAUUUAUUAUAAGUUAUACAUUAAAUAAGAGGAAUGAAA